AAAGUCAAAAAUCUCUGGCAGAGGUGACACAUUUUACUAACACAACUUACUUUUCGGAACGAAAAAUAAUUUACGGCAGAGUUUUUGAUCGCGAGUUUUAUAAUAAAGUGGGAUACUAAUUGCAACAAAUUGCGUUUGAUACCAUCGACAAAAGCAACGGUUCCAGUUUUGGUUGGGACCGUCAGCAUCGAUUCCAGCUAGAAUAAAACACUUUCCCGGAUCGGACGGCAACAAAAAAAAUCAGCAGCAGCAAAAUCUCGUAGGAGGAAACAAGAAAAACAGUAUACAUAUAGCUGCGAGCAGUCGAGCGAAAAUUAAACAUGCCUCAAACUCCUAUUAAUUCGCUGGAUGAGCAGGACAAACUGCUGAGUGAUGCCAGUACCGUGGUGCGUGCCCAGGCAUUCCAGAUGAAGCGCUUUCUGGACAAGAAUCGCUUGAUGGAAGCAAUGCGCUGUGCCUCGACGAUGUUAGGUGAGUUACGUACUUCGUUACUCUCACCGAAAAGCUACUACGAGCUGUACAUCGCCAUCACGGAUGAGCUGAGGCACUUUGAGCACUAUCUGCUGGAUGAGUUUCAGAAGGGCCGCAAAGUUCCGGACCUGUAUGAACAUGUGCAGUACGCGGGUAAUAUUGUCCCCCGGUUGUAUCUGCUGAUCACCGUUGGGUUGGUGUACAUCAAAACCAAUUCGUCGUUGAAGAGGAGCAUUUUAAAGGACCUAGUUGAGAUGUGUCGCGGUGUUCAGCAUCCUCUUCGUGGUCUAUUUUUACGCAACUAUUUGCUUCAGUGUACUCGGAAUAUUCUGCCGGAUAGCCUGAGUACUACAGACGAGAACGAAGGGAUCGUCAUUGAUGCAAUCGACUUCGUUCUUACCAAUUUCGCGGAGAUGAACAAAUUGUGGGUUCGAAUUCAACAUCAGGGUCAUUCUAGCGAGCGAUCGCGUCGUGAAAAGGAGCGGGAAGAGCUGAAGAUUCUUGUUGGGACUAAUUUGGUCCGAUUGUCCCAGUUGGAGUCGGCUAGUUUGGAGAUAUACCAACGAUUGAUUUUACCGGGGAUUUUGGAGCAGGUCGUAAGCUGUCGGGACGCUAUUGCCCAAGAGUAUUUGAUGGAGUGCAUCAUACAAGUGUUUCCAGACGAAUUUCACUUGCAGACUUUGGAUCCGUUUCUGAAGUCUUGCGCUCAGCUUCAGUCCGGCGUCAACGUCAAAAACAUCAUAAUUUCGCUGAUCGACCGCUUGGCAUUGUACAACCAGCGGAACGAAAAGGUUACGCAGACCACUUCCGGAACGGAAGUCAUCUCGGCUAUUCCCUCUGAUGUUCAGCUAUUUGAGGUUUUCAGUACGCAAAUUGCGUACAUUGUUCAGCUGCGGACAGAUAUGCCUUUGGAGGAUACGGUCUCGCUGCAAGUGGCACUAGUGACCCUCGCCCAGAAAGUUUACCCGGACCGGGUGGACUACGUGGACAAGGUGCUGGAAACGACAGCGCAGAUUCUUGACCGGCUCAACAUGACUAAGUAUUGCAUCUCACAUUCCCUGUCGGUCAACCAGGAACUGUCUCGUUUGCUUCGUCUGUGCGUGGACUUCUACAACAACGUGUUGACCAUUUUCCAGUUGCAGUAUUUUACGCCAUUACUGGAGAAGUUCGAUUACACCUCACGGAAGUCCCUUUCGUUGUACAUUGUAAUGAACGUGCUGGAGAACGAAACCUUAAUUCCAUCGGCCGAGCAUGCGGACAGCAUUUUGACAAUGCUGUCGCCGCUAAUUUGCGAUCAGGAGGAUCAACCGGCGGAUAAGAUUGACGUGGAAGAUUUCGCUGAAGAGCAAGGGAUUGUCGGGCGAUUUGUGCAUCUGCUCCGCUCGGAGGACCCGGACACGCAGUAUAACAUCCUAACCGCUGCUAGGAAGCAUUUUGGGUUGGGCGGUCAACAGCGGAUACGAUUCGUACUGCCGCCAUUAGUGUUUCAAGCUUACCAGUUGGCUUACAAGUAUAAAUCAAUCGCCGCCGAAGAUGAGUUGUGGGACAAAAAGUGUCAGAAGAUACUGCAGUUCUGUCACACCACAAUCGCCGUGCUGGCUAAAUCGGAACUUCCGGAUCUGGCAUUGCGAUUGUAUCUGCAGGGGGCGCUUUGUAUUGGACAAAUUGCCUACACAAAUCACGAAACUGUAGCGUACGACUUCAUGACACAGGCAUUCUCCUUGUACGAGGAUGAAAUCUCCGACUCAAAGUCACAGUUUGCAGCCAUUACACUGAUCGUUUCUACCGUGGAGCAGAUGGCUUGCUUUUCCGAGGAGAACGCUGAACCUCUGCGUACGAAUUGUGCGCUGGCGGCAUCGAAAUUACUAAAGAAACCGGACCAGUGUCGAGCAGUGGUCACCUGUGCCAGUCUAUUCUGGAGUGGAAAACAAAACGGCCAGGAGCUACGCGACGAGAAGCGAACUCUGGAGUGCCUUAAGAAGGCAGCUAAGAUUGCCUCGCAGUGUCUGGAUGUUGGCGUCCAAGUGCAACUGUGUGUAGAGCUGCUGAACCACUAUUUGUUUUACUAUCAGCGAGGCAACACUCAGAUCACGGUGUCAAUGCUCAAUCAGUUGAUCGGCAAAAUCAACGAGGAGCUUCCCAACCUGGAACCGACGGAGGAGACUAAGCAAAUAGAGAUGCACUAUCAGAAUACACUGGCCCACAUCCGGAGUAGGAUGGAAUCCAACGACAAUAGUCUGGAGGUUUCCUUCGCCGGAAUUACGCUAAAUUAAAUUGUUGAGCAGUUUGGUUUAUUUUUAACUCAUCGCUCUUAUCAAAACUUAUGGAUUGCAAGAUAAGUUUAAAUAUGGAUGUUUUUAACACUCAUUCAACUGGUCAAAUUACCCAGUUUGGUUGUUAGCAAGAAAACUUUCAAUUAUGAGGUGCGUACGGCGGCGGGCAGAAUGGCAAAGUUUAACAAUAUAUGAAGCUGAAGUAGAGAUCUAUAAUACUGAGGAGACUAGACACUAGAGGAAGAAUUAUUCAAUAUUUGGAAAGAUUAUACCUAGUAUCGAAUGUAGAUUAUGAUUAGUUACGUAAUAAAUAUCGAAUGCAUGGUCAUUUCAAUAAAAGUAACUUAUAAAGUGUAACACAA